CUGAGGGCGGUCCGACAGACUGGAGCGAGGGACCGGUUUAAAUUAACUAGCACGCACACAUACACACACACAACCUCACCAUACACAUCACAUACUAUAUUCGAUAUUGUGCUGUGUGUGCGUUUGGAAGAGAGACACAACCUACGUCACGGAGACUUGAGAACGAGUUACAGAGAUAGAGAUGGAUACAAACACACAGACAGCACGGCCGGGGCGGGAUAUACGAUACUAGACACAUCACAGACGAGUCCCGGGCGAGGAACAUUUAAUCUAGUAGACGGAGCGUCCCAUCUAGUAGAUGGAAUAUUCAAUCUAGCGCGUGUAGUCGUGGACUCGCGGCUCGCCCCGGGCUUCCUUGCAGCAUCAGUCAGUUAA